UUCUUUUAGACUUUAGUGUAUUUGUCUCCUCCUUUAUAUCCCAUCCCCAUGAUAACAAAAAAAAAAUGAUUUCAUUUCCUAUAAAAAAGUUGAAAUUCAACAAAAUAAAAUUUAUCCAUAAUUCUCUCUAAUUCCUCACUCUUUUUUCUCUCUCAAUACGAAAAUGGAGGAUCAUUGUACUCCUCUAAGCUUGGCAUACUUCUAUCAAGAUGAGGGAAUCGAAGAAUUAAGGCAUUGUUUGGUGUACAUAACAGAGCUAGAGGCAACAGUAUUUUCAGCAAAAGAAGAGAUUAAAAAAAGAGAAAUUGAGAUAAUUAAUCUCAAAGAUGUUUUAAAUAAGACAAUCAAACAAAGAAAUGAAGCUCAGCAAGAAUCUCAAAACUUAAUUCUUGACAAACUUGUCCUUCAACAGCAGCUUAAAGAAGAGCAGCAGCAGCAGCAAGAUACUCUUAAUCCUCCAAUUUCUGGCACUUGUAGCAGUGAGGAGGAAAGUGACUUCAACAAUCACAUUACUAUCUCCUCUUCAAAAUUCAAUAAUCCGCUUUUAGCGGCGGAACCGGAAAUUUUUCGUAAGGUCCCACAUUGUCGGAUUUUUAAUCGGCAACAAUCCGGUGAGCUAGAUGAUGAUGAAGUGAUGGUAAAGUUAGCAGCAGAUAGAGAAUUACCAAAAAAUGGUAAAUUCUUACAGGCAGUGAAAGAAGCUGGACCACUUCUACAAACCCUUUUGCUUGCCGGACCUCUUCCACAGUGGCAACAUCCUCCUCCGCAGCUAGACUCCGUCGAGAUUCCACCGGUCACCAUUUCUGCUCCGGCCACCGCGAACCAUCGUCUGAUUCACCAAGAUUCUUUUAAUAGUUAUAGUACUCCUUGUCUGAGCAAGAAAAGGGGUGAAAGGAGUCCUGAUUCUUGUUAUUCUCCCAUUAGCAAGUAUCAAAAAAUUAGUCUUCAUUGAUUUUUUUACGAGUACUCACUCCCCGGGUCGAAGUCCAAAAUCAUUGUUAAAUCUCGGGAUGUGGACAGACCGGUCUUCAUUGAUUUUGAAGUUAAUUUAGACAUAAUUUUCUACUAUAUAUUUUUAAUAUUUUUCAUACUGUAUUAAGGUGAUCAGGAUGAAAUGUAUGACUAGUUUAGUUUCAUGUUCUUAGUCUGAAAAUUUGUUUUGUU